AUGCCGCUCUCCCCUGAACAAAUCCAGCUCAUCAAGGCCACCGUGCCGGUCCUCCAACAGCAUGGCACCAACAUCACCACCGUGUUCUACAACAACAUGCUGACAGCCCAUCCUGAGUUGAACGCCAUCUUCAACAACGCUAACAAGACGAACGGUCAUCAGCCCCGCGCCCUGGCUGGUGCCCUCUUUGCCUAUGCUUCGCACAUCGAUGACCUGGGAGCCCUUGGUCCUGCCGUCGAAUUAAUCUGCAACAAGCACGCGUCGCUGUAUAUCCAACCCGAGCAAUACCAGAUCGUGGGCAAGUUUCUGUUGGAGGCCAUGGGCGAGGUCCUCGGUGAUGCGCUUACCCCCGAGAUCCUCGACGCCUGGGCCACUGCAUACUGGCAACUUGCCGACCUCAUGAUCGGCCGUGAGGCCGAACUGUACAAGCAGGCCAACGGGUGGACGGACUUCCGCCACUUCCGUGUUGCAAAGAAGGUCCCCGAGUCCUCGGAGAUCACCUCGUUCUACCUCGAGCCCGUCGAUGGCGAGCCCCUCCCCAAGUUCCGCCCCGGCCAGUAUAUCUCCGUUCAGGUUUUCGUGGAUUCGCUCAAGUUCCCCCAGUGUCGCCAGUACUCCCUGAGUGACGCCCCGCGGUCGGACUACUACCGUAUCAGUGUCAAGAGGGAAGGCGGCCUCAACACCGCGGAGCCCAACGCCCCCGCUCACCCAGGAUACGUGUCCAACAUCCUCCACGCUCACAUCAAGGAAGGCGAUGUCGUCAAGGUCUCGCACCCCUUCGGUGACUUCUACCUUUCCGACGCCGAGAGCCCCAACCCCAUUGUUCUCCUCGCCGCCGGUGUCGGUCUCACCCCUCUGACCUCCAUCCUGAAGACCCUCACCUCGAACUCUACGGAUGCCCCCCAACGCAGGGUUCACUUCAUCCACGGUGCCCGUUCCGCAGCUGCUCGUGCCUUCAAGAAGGACAUUGACUCCUUGGCGGAGAAGUACCAGAACCUGCACGCCACGUUCUUCGAAACCCACCCCGCUGCCGAGGAGAAGCAGGGCGAGGAUUACGACCACCAGGGCCGUGUCGACAUCUCCAAGCUGGACAAGACCAAGGAUCUGUUCCUCAACGACCCCAAGACGGAAUACUACGUCUGUGGUCCCAACAGUUUCAUGACCUCCACGCGUGCUGCGUUGGCCGCUGAGGGCGUCAGCGAGGAUCGCAUUAAGCUGGAGCUCUUUGGCACUGGCGGUGUUGCUGCUUAG